AUGAAAGAUCCGAAUGCGCGACCAACAGCAGAACAAGCUCUGAGUGAUUUGGUGGAGCUCCAAGCAGGGGCUAUGCAGGAGCAACUGGUGGUUGAUAGCUUGCGUCAGAAACAAAUACAGAAGAUGAAGUGCAAUCUCACCUGGGAGAAGUAA